AUGCUCGACGAAAACCUCCCGACCUUCCACUUUCGCCCCUCCUCGGACAACCCCUCCAACACAGUCCUCUACUUCACCCACCAGGGAUCUGAACUCACGCCGCACUACCUGCUCAAGCGCGCCGACCCUGCAAAUCCCGUUGCUCGCAACAAGUACGCCUCUGCCCUUACCGACAUCGCCUCCCAGCAGAUCAUCUACGCCGAGGUCCUCGUCGAGCCGGAAUGGACACAACCAACACUCUCCACGGCGGAGGUCCGCGCCCAGGGCGGCCAGCCCGCACCGCCGCAGCCCAUCCUCCCAGACCAGGUCACUCUACAGCUGUAUAACCCGGACUCGCAGGUGGUUAUCAAGACGAAGGCCGGCAGUUGGGGCAAGAGCGACAGCUGGGAGUUUGAGAUGCCCGAGCAAACAUUCCGCGAGCCCAGCGCGAGCAUGAUCGACCGCUCCUCCGACGACCCUCCCGUCAGCGACACCGUGCCCAAGGUCGUCUUCCGCUGGAAGCGCGACGGAAGGUUAAGCAGGGACAUGACAUGCUACAUGGUUGGCAAGAGCGUGGCCGGCAAGAAGAGCAAGGAGCCGGACAUCACCGUCGCCAUGUACAAGGACAAGAAGAACGAGAGCGCCGUGACAAUCUACGAGCCCAACCUCCAGCGGGUAGACGUCGAGGACCGCAAGGGCCUGGACAUCGUCCUCCUGCUCGGCGCCGAGGUCCUGCGCGACCUCUUCCUCAACCCCAGGCAAAACGUCUUCAACCUCACCGCAGUCCCGCCUCCAAUCUCAGGCCGCAGAAAGAACUCCAAACCCCCGCCACCGCAGCCGGCCCCUAUGGCCCCCGUGGCCUCCAUGUCCGGCGCGAUCGGCAACAAGCCCGCCUCGCCGCCGGCAGCACAACCCAUGAAUAACGGGCCCCCGCGUGCAAACGCCCGCCAGCAGUGGGAGAUUGAUAACGAGACGAAGCGCCUGCAGGCCAUGGUGGCCGAGGAGCAGCGCCAGGCCCGCGAGCGCGAGCGCCGAGACGCCGAAGAAGCGAAGCGCAUCACCAAGAUGCUCGAGAAAGAGGACAAGGAGCGCCGGCGGAAGGAGGCCGAGAUCGAGAGGGAGACGGAGCGGCUGAGGAGACUGUACGGCGUCCCGCCCGCCGCGCCGGGCCCAGGUCCAGGCCUGCCGCCGCGGCACCAGCCUCCUCCGGGAAGCUCCGGGGGCUCGUGGCACGUAGCGCCCGCGCAGCCGCCGAGGCCGUCCAGCGCGGGGCCGUAUAACCAGGGUCAGCCGGGGACGAGCGCUUACCGGCCUCCGCAGGUGCACUUUGCGCCGACACCGACAAUGUCGUCGGCGGCGCCGCCCCAACAACAGCAGCAGCAGGCACCACCGCAGCAGCAGCAGGGCGGCCGGGGUAAGCUACCGAACCUGGUUUCGGGACUGCUCCAGGGCCCGUACGGGAACACGGCUGCCAGCGUCAGCAACUUCUUUCAUAGGGACCGCGCCGAGGAGGAGAGGAAGUCGAAGAUUGCCAAAAAGCGGAGUGUGCAUUUCUAA